AUGUUACCGUAUGCUUUAUUGGGAUACCUCACGACUGUCAGAACAUCGACUGGUGCUACACCUUAUUUACUAGUAUAUGGAACAGAAGCAGUCAUACCUGCUGAAGUCGAGAUACCGUCUUUGAGAAUCAUCCAAGAAGCUGAGUUAGGUAAUGCUGAAUGGGUCACCAAGCAGAUUGAUCAACUAACUUUGAUAGUUGAGAAGAGAAUGGUUGCCAUCUGCCAUGGCCAGUUGUAUAGACAGAGAAUGACUUGUGCCUUUCACAAGAGAGUAAGAGCCAGAUUUUUUGAAGUUGGUCAGUUGGUUCUAAAGCAUAUUUUUCUUCAUCAAGACGAGUACAAAGGAAAGUUCGCACCAAACUGGAAAGGUCCUUACAUGGUUCACAAAGUUUUAUCUGGAGGUGCUUUGGUUUUAUCAAAGAUGGAUGACAGCGCAUGGACGAAACCAAUUACUCGGAUGCUGUCAAGAGAUACUACGUGUGAAGCUUCGAUUUGCAUUUCUGUUAUUUACUUGUAA